UCUCGCGGUAUCAUCAGGUUGCAGGGGCCCUUUAAGAAAAGUCUCGCGAAAUUUCUUUCACAGAUCGAAACUAGCCUCUCAGACUACUUCACCCCACCCCCAACCUGUCCUUCCUUUCUCUUCCCAAGUCACAAAAUUCUCCCCUCCCCUUCCUCGAACUCACAGCUCUCCUCCUGUUUCCGAUUUCAGACCGGAACCGGAAGUGUUGUGGGCGGGGCCGGCAGCGGAAAACGCAGCGGAGCCAGAGCCGGGACACGGCUGUGGCUGUGGCUUUACGUCCGCCACGGAUCUCUGGGUGGCAGGACUGCGCGGCUCCAGGCUGAAGGUCGGUCCGGAAGCGGGUGGGCGCGGGUCUCACCCGGAUUGUCCCGGCGGUACCGUCCCUGGGCCCCACGGGCGCCGCGAGGGAUCAUGUCUACAGCCUCCGCCGCCUCGUCCUCCUCCUCGUCUUCGGCCGGUGAGAUGAUCGAAGCCCCCUCCCAGGUCCUCAACUUUGAAGAGAUCGACUACAAGGAGAUUGAAGUAGAAGAGGUUGUUGGAAGAGGAGCCUUUGGAGUAGUUUGCAAAGCUAAGUGGAGAACAAAAGAUGUUGCUAUUAAACAAAUAGAAAGUGAGUCUGAGAGGAAAGCUUUUAUUGUAGAGCUUCGGCAAUUAUCCCGUGUGAACCAUCCUAACAUUGUAAAGCUGUAUGGAGCGUGCUUGAACCCAGUGUGUCUCGUGAUGGAGUACGCUGAAGGGGGCUCUUUAUAUAAUGUGCUGCACGGUGCUGAGCCACUGCCCUAUUACACCGCUGCCCAUGCAAUGAGCUGGUGUUUACAGUGCUCCCAAGGGGUGGCUUAUCUACACAGCAUGCAGCCCAAAGCGCUAAUUCACAGGGACCUGAAACCACCCAACUUACUGCUGGUUGCAGGGGGGACAGUUCUAAAAAUUUGUGACUUUGGCACAGCCUGUGACAUUCAGACACACAUGACCAAUAACAAGGGGAGUGCUGCUUGGAUGGCACCUGAAGUUUUUGAAGGUAGUAAUUACAGUGAAAAAUGUGAUGUCUUCAGCUGGGGUAUUAUCCUUUGGGAAGUGAUAACCCGUCGAAAACCUUUUGAUGAGAUUGGUGGCCCAGCUUUCAGGAUCAUGUGGGCUGUUCACAAUGGUACUCGACCACCACUGAUCAAAAAUUUACCUAAGCCCAUUGAGAGCCUGAUGACUCGCUGUUGGUCUAAAGAUCCUUCUCAGCGCCCGUCAAUGGAAGAAAUUGUGAAGAUAAUGACUCACUUGAUGCGGUAUUUUCCAGGAGCAGAUGAGCCAUUACAGUAUCCUUGUCAGUAUUCAGAUGAAGGGCAGAGCAACUCUGCCACCAGCACAGGCUCAUUUAUGGACAUUGCUUCUACAAAUACCAGUAAUAAAAGUGACACCAACAUGGAGCAAGUUCCUGCCACCAAUGAUACUAUUAAACGCUUGGAAUCAAAAUUGUUGAAAAAUCAGGCAAAGCAACAGCAGAGCGAAUCUGGACGUUUAAGCUUGGGGGCUUCCCGGGGGAGCAGCGUGGAGAGCUUGCCCCCAACCUCUGAGGGCAAGAGAAUGAGUGCUGACAUGUCGGAAAUAGAAGCGAGGAUCGCUGCAACCACAGCCUAUUCCAAGCCUAAACGGGGCCACCGUAAAACCGCUUCAUUUGGCAACAUUCUGGAUGUCCCUGAGAUCGUCAUAUCAGGCAACGGACAGCCAAGACGUAGGUCCAUCCAAGAUUUGACUAUAACUGGAACAGAACCUGGUCAGGUAAGCAGUAGGUCAUCCAGUCCCAGUGUCAGAAUGAUCACUACCUCAGGACCAACCUCAGAAAAGCCAACUCGAAGUCAUCCGUGGACACCUGAUGAUUCCACAGAUACCAAUGGGUCAGAUAACUCCAUCCCAAUGGCAUACCUUACCCUGGAUCACCAGCUGCAGCCUCUGGCACCGUGCCCAAACUCCAAAGAAUCUAUGGCAGUUUUUGAACAACAUUGUAAAAUGGCGCAAGAAUAUAUGAAAGUUCAAACAGAAAUUGCAUUAUUAUUACAGAGAAAGCAAGAAUUAGUUGCAGAACUGGACCAGGAUGAAAAGGACCAGCAAAAUACAUCUCGUCUGGUACAGGAACAUAAAAAGCUUUUAGAUGAAAACAAAAGCCUUUCAACUUACUACCAGCAAUGCAAAAAACAACUAGAGGUCAUCAGAAGUCAACAGCAGAAAAGACAAGGCACUUCAUGAUUCUCUGGGACUGUUGAAUUUUAAAAUAUGCAAAGAAGGACUUUUUUUUUAAGGAAAGAAGAAUCCUUUUGAUGACAAUUCAUGAGUGUUAGCUUUCUGGCGUGUUCUGAAUGCCAUCUGCCUACAUUUGCUGCAUUUGUUUCAUUGUUUAUUUUCCUUUUCUCAUGGUGGACAUGCAGUUUUACUGUCUCAUCACAUAACAUGGUGGCACCUGCAACUUGACUAAGCAGCAGCUCUCAACUGGAGAACAGACACAGCACUGGCUGUGCGUGCAUGCUCUGUGGGAGCGCUGGCCUGGCGGGACAGAGGGUAUCCCGCUAGCUGCUAUGUGCUGACUUCAUCCUUUUUUCCAUAUUGGAGGUGAAACCUCAAGAAUGAUUUUGUUCUUGUAUCUCAUAAAAAACUAAUGAUUUUUUUCCCCAAAAAGAUGGUGUAUACCAAGUUAAGACAGGGUAUUAUAAAUAUAGAAACAUUGGUGGUUCAUUGCAGAAAUAGAGAACUCUUAGGGAUAGUUCACAGUGAGGGCUUUGAUGCCAGUAUCCUUGGGUCAGUACUGAACUCAGUUCCAUCUAGAAAAUAUUUAAAGGUAAGUAGCGGCUGCUGUAUUUAAAGAACACAAUUUUAUCGGAUUUCAUUAGAUUAAAAUUAGAUUAUAAUACAUUAAACAAAAUGGAACUUUUUUUUAAAAACAUAAACAUGUUUAGUGAUUGUAUGUGUUGAAACUAUAAAGUUUUUAGGACUCUAAUAUUAAUAUAUCUGAAAUUAAAAGGCAAAAGAAAAUGAUUCAGCUUAAAUGAUUGUUUCUUCCUGCAAUAAUUAUUGAAUUAUUUUAUCAUGUAUCUGGAAAAAACUGAAGAGAUAGUGAAAAAUGGAAAUAAUUGCUCCAGUUAAAAGACUUGGGCUUAGAUUUCUUUUUAUGAUACCAAAUAGGGAAUAAACCAAGCAAAUCAGAAGAAAUUAGUAAAGAAGUUAAAGAAGUAAAUAUAAAUUCAAGUAUCCUACCUACCGUAGAUACCAUAAUGAUUGAUUUUCUUUGCAAGCCCAUUCGGGAAUGCCUCCUGCCUUUAAAUACUUUUAAGAGAAUUUCAACACUUAAAAAGAGAAAGUAUUUAUAUUGUUAACAAUAACUUUGCUACCAACCUUCAAAAUAAUUUAAAAGUAAUAAUAAAACAUCAUUGAAAUAAUAGGCUAUAUAAGCUCUAUUUUUUCAGUUGGUAUUAAGUCAUAUUUUGAUACCAGGGCAAGCUGUCUUUUAAAUAAAGAUGUCAUCAGUCUCAUUUUUAUAGCAUUCAUGUUUCAUGAAGAGAAAAUUUUAAAUGAAGGCCUAAUUGCUGUGAUUAUUAGAAUUCUAUCAGGAUUGUAUUACAGUUUUUGCCCUAUUUCAGGUAAGCAAUUUGAUCUAAGAAGUUAUCUAAAUAUUCUUAAAAAUACUAAAGCGGGUAAUUUUUUCUUCCAUGAUGUUUUCCUCCUCCCACUGAGUUUUAUAAAGAAUUCCUUGUUUGUACAGGGAAUAAAGAUAAAGGACAAUUUGUACUAAACUGUAUCAUUUUUAGCUUCUAGGAAGUAAAUGUCUUCCAUCACUUAGUUUAAGUAAAAGGAAGGUCAUCAUUCUCAAAUAACUUGAUUACCUAGCUGAAAGUGAUGUUGGCCCCAGCAUAGUAAUAGUAAAAUAAAAUGACAGAGAUAAUAACUUUAGACUACAGAAAAGUAUAACUCAUCCAUAGCAUUGCUGCUUUUAUGUACAUUUGUCACUCCACCAAAAGGGACCUAGUCACUGUUAAGAGGCUUUCCUAAUUUUCUCAGAGCAUGAGAUAUCCAAGCAUAGUGCUACAUCUCCAUUAGGAUUUAGCAUUAGAGAUUUUGGAUUUUAUUUCUAGUUAUUGAUACGUUUUGAUAUAUUAUAACACACAUAAAGGGAAAUUUUAUUGUUACUACAGUCACAUCAUAAAAAUAUCCAAAUAGAUAAACAGAAGAAAAUAAUAGAUUUUCCUCACGGUACUAAAUGCAGAAGGCUGUUGUACAGUUGCUUGUUUGUUUACAGUGAGUCCUGGGGAUUCUCAGUACUGUAGUUGUCCUGGACACUGAGGACAGUUCAGCCUUACUCUGUUUUUAAAUAGUUGUGUUGCCAGUUUCAUGUUUUAAGUCCUGAUGAUCCCUGGAGAGGGGAGAAAAGGAUGCCAGUGGUGAUUAAAACCCAUAGCCAGUUUCAACAGAGUCCCAUCUACAGACUUUCAAAUAAAGUUGUUAACUGGAGGCAAAGUUUUUAUUAAAUCUGGUUUUAUAAUUCUAACCCUCAUUUUGGGGGGCAGGAAUAGCAAAGAGGGGAGCAAGUUGCUGAAAUGCUCAAGUCUGAGAAAUUUACAAACAGACUGAUAAGCCCUAAUUACAUUGUAUUCUUGCCUUCCAGGAAAGAAAGCAAAGCUUUUAUCUAACCUAGAGGGAAAUACUUCUCAGCAAUAAAAACUGCUUUUUGAGUUAACUAAAAAUCAACUAAGAAUAGUUUAUCUUACAGCAACACAGCAUAUUGAAAAGACUUGUUAAAGGUUGUUUACAAAUGUUUGACUAUUUUUGCUGAAGCAUUUUAUCGAAUGUCUUUUUCUUGAAGUUCUUUCAUGUUCCUAAUUUCAGCUCCUGCUUGUAGCCAGAGAUCACAGGUGUUACCUGUGAAACUUGUUUAUUUCUAGAAGUGUGUGUGGUUUUCAGCACUCAACUCCUCUGUUCAAAUGGUGGAAAGUUCUACUUCUGUCCCUUCAGAACAUUUUAUGUAAAAUGAUGUAAUGCAGAAAUUCUUGUGCAUACUGUGUAAUUGAAGGAAGCUUUUUAGAUUUAUUUUUGUUUUUAAUAAAAUCCAGAUUGUUAUUCUAAA